AUGUCCGCAGAAGACCGAUACCCAGAACGAAUAUAUAUUGCCCUGAGGCAUGUUUUCCACGGCCAAGCUGCUAAGCUACAAGGUGGAAACGCUCGAUCUAAAAGAAAGGCAAUCCGAAAGCUGGUCAAUGAGUAUCUAGAUUGUGAUAAGGACAAUACGUUGAAGGAUAUUGUUGACGCCCACGGGAUGACUCAUAUAACGUCGAUAGCAGGCGACUUUUUAUCGAAAGGGAUAUUCGACUCAACAUGUCUGGCGAGUCAACGCUUCCCAGAACUUUCCCAUACCCCAGGUCUGACAGCGGCUGGGGUCGAACUUGUAGAAGUAGAAGGACAAAGUCUGCUUGGGCCAUUGGGAGAUUCUGACCUCUUACAGAGUCAACGUCGUGGAGGCAUCAACGAGCCGACCCAAACCGAGCCGCUCAAAUCUGAUCAUUCGACGCGCACUAGUAUGGCGUCCACAGAAGACCUGUAUUCCGAGCGUGUCUAUGUUGCCUUGCGACAUGUAUUCGUGGGUAAGAAUGCUAAGCUAAGGAAGAAGAAGCCCAUCCGGAAACUGGUCAACUCGUACUUGUCCACACCGGAAGGCAACACACUGAAAGACAUUGUUGAGGCACACGGAGUCUCUAAACUUGUGGCUAUAUCAAGAACGUUGAUUGUAGAGGGCAUCUUUGAAUCAGCUUGUUUAGCAAGUCAACGAUUUCCAGAAUGGUUUUCCGCGAUAAGCGCGACAGUGACAAUUCCGAACACGAAAGAUGCAAGGAACAACUCUCCAGGGCCAACAGAAGGGGGUGUCGUGGUACGGUGUCAACGAUGCGGAAGAGUACCUGGAAUUGGCGGAACAAUCCAAGCUAAGCUGCCAUGUAAUUUGGAUGGGAUCGCCAAUGGAAAAUCGCCAUGUACAAUACAGAUUCAAAGCAAAAUCGUGGCAGACGAUGCCAACGAGAGCGGGGUAUCGACUUUCACUAUCAGGCUGCCGUUUGAGGCACAACACGAGCUGAUGGUACACCUGCAAAGAGUGAUGGAGCAAGUAUGCUUUGAUUUUGCUAAACAAGCCCUGCCUGACUUAUUGGGGAAACGUCGGUGGGCUUGUGCCAUGGCUGUAGAACUUCACUUAUGGAAGGAUGUGCUGCUCCAGCAGCGCGAGUCGUUGCCUGCUGGAUAUGAACUGUCAACUGCAUCACUCGAGCCGCUGUUACAGACGAUGGCAUUUAUACGUCACGUGGCCGUCGUCCGCAUUGAUAUAUCAGCGACACAGCUACAAAAAUGUAUGGAAGAGGCUGUGGAGUUAACAGAGGCACUUGGACAGAUGCGCUUUCUGAGCGCACUGCGCUCCCUUCAAAAACAGAUAAACUCCGAGAUCCUCGGACUCCGAAAAGAGGAAGAACUACAGAGGCAUUUGCUAGAUUUGGAAAGAAGCACGAUUGCAAAUGAGCGGGCAGACCUGGACGUCAGGGAAGAGAGAGCCAUUCAAAGUGCCGAGCAGAAGCUAGCAGUCUGCCAGAUCAAAACUGGCUCGCGCAUACAUGACAUCAUUGGAACCUUUCAAGACAUCAUCCUAGCUAAACCUGACACAGUGAUCAAAUCAGAGGUCUCCCGCGACAGAAGAAACAUAAGUGGGGAACCAGACAGUGACCAAGACUUGGACUUUUGCUCCUUACCCGAACAAGCGGGAGUGUCAAUGUAA